AUGAAAAUUAUUAUUUAUCCCCGUUCAACGAAAGUAAAGAAAAAUUUUCCAAUUACUAUAGAAGUUCCUGAUGAUAUUACUACUGAUCAACUAAAAUCAGAGAUACAUAAAAGGUUUCCAAAGUAUUAUCCUGAACGUCAAAGAUUAACAAAUGGAGACAAACCUCUACAAGAAGACAAAACUUUGAAAGAAAGUGGGUUGAAGGACGGAGACACCAUAUUUUUUAAAGAUUUGGGCCCUCAAAUAAGUUGGCGAUUGGUAUAUGCAAUUGAAAUUGCUUUUUACUUGAUCAUGGCUCAUUUUAUUAAACGAGAAUUCGAAACGUUUUUUGUUCAUCGUUUUUCACAUAGCACUAUGCCUUUAUUAUUUAUAUUUAAAAAUUCAUUCCAUUAUCAUGUGUUAUGUGGUCUUAAUUUGGCGUAUUGGCUCUAUGGUCCUUGGGAUGCCUCGGGAACUCCUGCUAGUGAACGCAGUAAAUGGUUUGUUUGGACAUGUAUAGCAGUUUAUAUGUAUGCAGAAAUUGCCAAUUUAAAUACCCACAUCAUUCUUCGUAAUCUUCGUCCACCAGGAACUAAGAUUCCAUUAUUGCUUUAA